CGGUUUCUCAAGCUUUCUCAAGCUUUCUCUCUCUCUCAAGCUUUCUCUCUCAAACUCUCGGUUCGAGUCCCCGUCGCGGCCCCCGUCGAAGUCGCGUUGCCCCCCGUCGAAGUCGCGCUGCCCCCCGUCGAAGCCGCGCUGUCCCCCGUCGAGCCCCCGUCACAGCCCCCGUCGAAACCCCGCGCCUCCGUCUUGCCUCUCGCCAUCUGUCAUCCAAAACCCACGGUUCAAGUUUCUCCAUACCCAAAACAAAGAUGCCGAAGUAUCUUUUACCCUUGACAGAUCACUUUCCUGGACGAGUCACAUAUAGGGGCAAUGGUUACUUUAAAACAAUCAAGGACAAGUUUGAGGAGCUCGGGUUGAUAGAAAGGGUGAAGGAAUCCCCAUUCAAACAAUUUUUCAUGGCUGAGAAGUUGGACUUCUCUGCAUCUCUCAUGCAUCAAUUAAUGUUGCGCAAGAUCCAGUGCUUCAAAGAGGAUGAGUUGCAUUUACAUUUGGGAUCUAGACCCUGCAGAUUUGGUAGAGGCGAGUUUGGUUUGGUUAUGGGGUUGAACUUCAGUUCCGGGCCAUCUGAGACUGAUUUGAAGAAACACUUGACUAGUGACCGCUUAAUCAAGGAGUUUUUUAAUGAUGAAGAAACAGUGAAGUUAAUGCAUUUGGAGGCUGCUUUAAAAAACUGCACUGUAGUUGAAGAUGCCUACAAGUUGGGCCUAUGUUUCUUUGUUGAGGGGGUUUUACUUGCACGAGAGGGCAAGUUAAAUGUCUGGAUAGAUUCGCUGAAGAUGGUGGAGGACACUGAGUACUUCUUUACUUACCCAUGGGGGAAGGUGUCUUUUAACAAGCUUAUGGAUUCAUGUAAGAAAGACAUGCAUCAUCAGAAAAGGAACUAUGAGAAGAAAAAGGAAGUUAAGGGGAAACAGAAAGAAGCAAAAUACAGUUUGUAUGGUUAUGUCCCUGCAUUGCAGUAUUGGGCAUAUGAAGCCAUCCAACAGUUUGCACGUGAGUAUGGUAUUAACCAUGGAAACCAGUUUCCGAGGAUGCUUAGUUGGUCGAGCAAUAAGGAGCGUCCUAUUUCGAAGGCCGACCUUGCACCGAUGUUCAAGAAGACGAGUUUGAUUGUGUUGUCCAUGUUGAAGCCCCGGCCUUCGGAGAUAGAUUAUUAUAGCGCUCUGACGGAGGGUGAUGCUCCCUUGUAUCCCGGGUUGGGCCAAGAAGAAGAGGUAGAAACUCCCACUAAUUUUGAGAAGGUGGCGGAGAUAGCUGCUGAGGUUGCGAAGGCAGCAAAUAUUUUUGUUGAUGGCCCUGAUGAUGAGGAUACCCCAGUCCCCAUCGACCCCACACCCUCGGCCCCAGCCCCAUCGGUACACCCCAGUCCUGAUCAACCUGAUUUACGGGAGGUGUUGGAGAGGUUGGAGCGAGUCGAGAGUCGUCAGGAUACCAUCCUAUAG